AUGACGUCAAAUAGAGAAUUCAGGAAAAGUACGGAUAAUGGUGAAUCAAUUAAAGAUGUACAAGUUCGAAAAGAUAUUGAAAUUUUAUCAGAACAUCAUACAGCUGCUAGACAAACAAAUGGAGAAAUGUCAUCCAAUGAAGAAGAUAGUGAUUCGACAAAAACAUCAAAUCUUGAUUCCUAUGAUAAUGAAGGUGAUGAUGCUGGUGAAAGUCAGACACAAAAAUGGAAAGUACAAUUCGAAAUUCGAAAAUUAUCUAUAGAAUCUAUUCUUGAACGCAAAGCUCGUCGUCAUUCAUAUAUGAAAUAUAUUGUUCAAUAUCCAAAAAUAAUGAAAUAUCUUAUAAGUGAUAAUCCAAAUAGCAUAAAUAUUCCUCUUCGUUAUCUUGAACCAUUUAUUAAGAAACAUGUAAAUAAAAAGCCUAAUGGUCGCGUUUAUGAUCAAGUCAAUGAUCAAAUUCAAGAUAUCCGUCGUAAAUAUCUAAGACAAUGUAAAUGA